AUGGUUUUGUCUGGCUUCUUGCCUUCCUGUGGUGCCAGAGCUUCCUGCAGUGGACAUGUUUGUGACAACAGCAGAUGCAGAGCUGAGCCGCCCAUCAUCACAGUGAACACAGUGCUCUCUCUUCUUGCUGUAGAUUAUCCAUCUCACAAGCUAGCUUGCUAUGUUUCUGAUGACGGCUGCUCACCUCUCACCCUCUACUCUCUCACUGAAGCCUCUAAAUUUGCUCAGUUUUGGGUACCCUUUUGCAAAAAGUAUAAUAUUCAAGUUAGAGCUCCAUUCGGAUACUUCUCUGGCAAUUCCAAAUUGCCAAGUGAUAAUCCAAUUGGGUUUCUACAAGAAUGGACAAAAAUGAAGGUAAUAUGGGAGAACAAAGAAAGGCUUUCUAAUGGGUUGCCAGUGCCACAUUUAGUUUAUGUAGCCAGGGAGAAGCGUCCAAAUCAUUCACACCAUUACAAAGCUGGCGCCAUGAAUGCUUUGACGUCUCUGGGAGUGAUGACAAAUGCUCCAUUUAUGCCAACCAAACUGGACAAGCUGGGAGGCAAGACUUGCUUGAACAAGCUAACAGCAACAUUUGUAGGGUUACAGUCACACCGACAGACUCAAGAUUUUGAGCAUGUAGGUUGGGUUUAUGGGUCAGUCACAGAAGAUACCCUAACUGGGAUGAAGAUCCAUGCAAGAGGCUGGAAGUCUAUCUUAUGCUUGCCAGACCAACCAGGCUUUAUGGGCUCUGCACCCUCAUCUUCUCAUGUUAUGUUGACCCAAAGGAAGAGAUGGGUCACAGGACUCCUAGAAAUUUUGUUCAGCAAAAAUAGUCCCGUCUUUGCUGCCCUCUAUGCUAAGUUGGAGUUUGGGCAGUGCUUGGCCUACACGACGGUGCUAAUUCGGAGCCUAAAUUCCAUUCCUGAUCUGUGCUAUACUAUACUGCCAGCCUACUGUAUCAUCACCAACUCACAUUUCUUGCCCAAGGUUGAAGAACCGGCUCUCAUAAUCUUUGUUGCCGUGUUUCUAAUGAAGAUUUUGUACACCCUGCCUUUUUACCUGGGAUUUGGCCUAUCAAUCAAGCUAUGGUGGAAACAUGUGAGAAUGGGGCCAUGCGGGAAAAAUACCCUAUGUAACUGCAUUGCUACUUGGAGUUGUAACCGUGGUAUUCAAGCUUUUAGUGAUGACCAAGAAGAUGAUGCCAAUGCUGGUAGGUUCACUUUUGAUGAGUCUCCAAUAUUUGUGCCGGCCACAACCCUCUUGUUUGUGCACUUCACAGCCCUGGGCAUCGGCUUGUUAGGCAUGCAACCACCGGCUCAUGGUGGGCAUGGGGCGGGCUGCCCUGGCCUUGAUUUUCAUGCACUUCUGUGGAAGGAUCCCACUGCCUCUGCGCCGAUGGAUUUUAAUUAUUCCCCUGGAUGGGCUAUAUGA